AUGGCAGAACUGGUUGCCGAAUUCGAACAAUCACGUGAUCCUGAUUCGACUGAACUUGGUCGACAAUUUAAUCAAUUACAACGAACUAUAGUGGAAAAUAAAGAUAUUUUAUCUUGUAAUGAAGGUGCGAAAUCAAUUAAUCGUUUAAAAAACCAUUAUAAAGAUAUUUUACCAUAUGAUAAAUAUCGAGUCAUUGUUUCAUUAGAUAAUGAUUCUGAUUAUAUCAAUGCUUCUUUUAUUGAAGAUCUAUAUGGUUAUCGUCGUUAUAUUGCAGCGCAAGGACCAAUUGAUACAUCAUUAAUAGAUUUUUAUCAUAUGAUUUGGAAUUUUCAAAUAACAUCAAUUAUUUGUACAGCUAAUGACGUUGAAGCUGGACGAAUGAAAUUUCGUCGUUAUUGGCCUGAUGAUGAAGAAUCACUUCAAUUUGGUCCUUAUCAUAUAACUAAAGAUCCAUCAAACGAUAAAUGUUAUAGUUGUAAUGACUAUGAAAUACGUUCAUUAAUAAUUACUCGAGGAGAAAUUCAACGACAUGUAUUGCUUUAUCAUAUUUUACAUUGGUUUGAUCAUGAUAUACCUAAUGAUGAACCAUCUAUACUUGAAUUACUUUUACGCGUUUAUCAAGAUCGACAUUCUUCAACGGAUUCACCUAUACUUGUACAUUGCAGUGCUGGUUGUGGUCGAACUGGAAGUAUAAUUGCAAUUGAUCUGUGUCGUUUACUUUUAAAUGAUGAGCAUUUAUUUUUUAGUAAAGAUUAUCAACCUUAUGCUGUAUUUAAAAUAGCGUCACAUAUUCGUCAAUUUCGUAUAGCAUUAAUUCAAACACCUAAGCAAUAUUUAUUUGUACAUAAAAUGUUUGUGUUUAUGAUGAAAAUACAUGAAAAUAUUUUAUUAUGUUCGAUAUCAAAUAAUAAUGAAAAUCAAACAUUAGAUUCAACAUUAACUACAAAAUUGUCACCACCAUCUACCAUAUCAACUUCAUCACGUCGUCAAUCCGGAUCACUUCAGAUAAGACUUCGUAGUCCGCCCAUAGGUCGUCGUUUAUUCAAUGGUAGUAAUAUUCCAUCGCCAACAAUAUCUCCAUCAGAAAAUUUUUCUUCACCAUCAAAAUCCUCAUCACUUAAUGAUACACCACAAACACCUGAACCACCACCUAUUCCACCUCAUUUUCUUCAGUUAAAUACAACAACUAACCAUCGUGCAGAUCAAUUUAUUCAUUCAGAUGAAAUAACAAGUAAAACAAAAUGUAAUUAUAGUCAAUCAAGAAAUUUAAGACAAAAAGAAUCAAAAUUAUCAAAACAUAUUCGUUCAGAUUCUGCUGAUAGUUAUUCAAUUUCAUCUUUAACAAAUCAUCAUCAGCAACAACAAUUUUCAAAUGAACAAGAAGCUUAUUCGGAUUAA